GGCACUCGGUGUGUCUCGCGCACCGACAGAGGGUUUCAACAUACUUUGUGGAACGUCGCUAAACACAAAAGCGAUUUUAUUUCGGUGGUUUACAACACAGAAAAGGGGGCGGGGGAGGGGAGCGCCGGAUUUCGGAGGCUCGACGGUUCGGUUUAGUUCGGUUUCUUUGCGCUGGACUUUGAUCCCGUGACGGAAGUGGAGUAAAUCAUGUGAGGAGGACUGUGUGUGUGUUUCGUGUUUCGUGUGUGUCGCGAUGACGGAGGUGAGGCAGGAGCCCUUCGGGCAGAUUCCCGGACAGGGAUUCGUGGAGCUCUGGACCCUGCGGUCCCGCACCGUCUCCGUACAGCUCUUGUCUCUGGGCUGCGCAAUAACGUCCAUCUGGUGCAGGGACCGCAGCGGGCAGCUCGGCGACAUCGUGCUGGGCUUCGACAGCCUCCGAGGUUAUCUGAAUAAUACCCGAUACUUCGGAGCGGUCGUCGGACGGGUCGCCAAUAGGAUCGCCGGAGGGAAGUUUGCGGUCGAUGGGAAGGAGUAUCAGCUGGCCAUCAAUAACGGCCCCAACGCCCUUCACGGGGGACUGCGGGGUUUUGAUAAGGCGAUCUGGGCCACGCAGGCGGCGGAUGGUGGCGUGAAGCUGACGCUGACCAGCCCCGACGGCGACGAGGGCUACCCUGGCGAGCUGAAGGCCUCCGUCACCUACACCCUGGAGGGGGACACGCUCUCCAUCCAGUACCACGCCUGCUCCAGUCAGACCACACCUAUAAACAUGACCAACCACUCCUACUUCAACCUGGCUGGCCAGGGGGCUCCUGACAUAUAUGACCAUGUGGUGUCCAUCACAGCUGAUGCCUUCCUGCCUGUCGAUGACACCAUGAUCCCCACAGGGGAAGUGAGAGCGGUGGAUGGCACGCCCUUUGACCUCCGCAGCCCCGUGUUGAUCGGACCUCGUUUGAGAGACGCGCCGGGUCCGGGUUUCGACCACAACUUCUGCCUGCGGUCCCCCGGGGAGCCACGGGCAGAGAGACGCUGCGCAAGGGUCCACCACCCCGCGAGCGGCCGGCUCCUGGAGGUGAGCACCACCCAGCCCGGCGUGCAGUUUUACACCGCCAACUUUCUGGACGGAACGGCGAGAGGCAAGGGCGGCGCCACCUACCCCAAGCACAGCGCUUUCUGCCUGGAGACGCAGAAUUGGCCCGACGCCGUCAACAAGCCCCAAUUCCCCGAUGCGCUGCUGAGGCCCGGAGAGGAGUACAGUCACACCACCCGCUUCACCUUCUCCGCUGUUUGAGGAGCCCCUGAGAAGAACACGCUCAUGAGGUGAUGCUGCUCAAGAGCGAGGAUCGCAAAGUCUGAGGUCUUUCCAAGAUGCCUUUGCGUAGAUAAGUGGAGAGAUUGAAAUAACGUGAAUGUUACCCACCAGUUGCGUUGACUGUUAAAUCGCUCCACACUUAAUGUCAAUUUUACACAUUCUAACACUGAACUGCUUUUCUCUGGAAUUGUAAGUGAAAAGGGAAAACGUCAUUAAAAGUGAUGCUAAAUCAUGGUA